AGGAGUUGUUGGCGCUUCCGUUGGGCUGCGACCCUGUAAUUGCCUCGGUGAUGUCGUGGGUUCAAGCAGCGUCCUUGGUCCGGGGCCCUGGAGACAAAGGGGACGUGUUUGACGAGGAGGCAGACGAGUCGCUCCUGGCGCAGCGGGAAUGGCAGAGCCACAUGCAGAGACGAGUCAAAGAAGGUUAUAGAGAUGGAAUAGAUGCUGGAAAAGCAGUUACUCUUCAACAGGGCUUCAAUCAAGGUUAUAAGGAAGGCGCAGAAGUCAUUUUAAACUAUGGACGACUCCGAGGAACAUUAAGGAAAUCAACGGAUUGGAGCCUACUGGGCUUGAGAGGCCCGCUGAGGAGCCGGGAGGUUGAGAUGCAACUACGGCCGCACUCCCUCCGGGUCGCCGGCCACACGGCGAGCGGGGCGACGCCGAAGCAGCCCACGGCGGAGGCGACGCUGCUGAGCCCGGUUCCCCAAAGCGGCCACGCCACUCCCCGCUUCCCUGCCCGGCUCCGGGCCCCAGGCCCCCGCUUCAGACGCAGACCCCACCGCGACCCUGCAGCAGCCUGCCCCGCCUGGCCGCCAGAGGCACCUUCCAACUCCGAAGCACGUUUUUCAAUACAUAAUAGAAUCAUUAUCAGAGGUGGACACAUUUAGAAGUUGUUCUUAAUCAGAAGGCAGCUUGUGCUUAGGAAAACCAGCCUCAGUCCUCAGCACUCAGCACCCAGUGCUCCAGGUUUCUCCUGAGUGAAGAUGGACCAGCCCCCCUUGGCCCUCCGGCAAGCUGGAACAGUAUGUACACGUCUCUUUAACUAUGAAGAGAAGAUUUGGGAGGAGUAUGAGCAAAUCCUCAAUACCAAACUAGCAGAGCAACACGAGUCGUUUGUGAAAUUCACACAUGAUCAGAUUAUGUGACCAUGUGGGACAAGCCCAACAAACUAUGUGUCUUGAAGCUUUUUGUUGCAGAUCUUGGUAUCAGGUUUGACCUCAAGGCAUGGUUGCUGUACAUUUUUUGCAACUGUUUGAUAUCACAUUUCAGCUCCAAUUUUGCAUCCUGAGAACACUCCAAUGUUUCUGCAGGUCCAUUUUAUACGACUUGAAAGACCUUAAAGCUUUCUGGUUGCCAUAAGUAUGUCUUUCUCUUCUGUUCAUCCAAUAAAUAGCCAUACCCUACUGUGACAGAGUUUUCCAAACAAAAACCUGGAGCA